AGGGGCGGGACCAGACGAGGGGUGACCGCCGCGCGGCGCGGACUGGGACGCCUUCAUCUGUUUUCGCGGCGGCGCGGAUUGCGGUUCGCGGCGCGCGCCACCGGGGAAAGAGCGGUGGGCCGAGGGGGUGGAGGUGGGGCCCGGGAAGACCUUGGGCUGUGGGCCGAGGGUGCGGAGCCGGGGAGGGGGGCGGGGGCGCGAGGUGGCGCCGGGGAGCCGGGGACAUGGCGCGUCCAGACGAUGAGGAGGGGGCGGCGGUGGCGGCCGGACACCCACACGCGAAAGGAUACCUCCCGCUGCCGAGGGGCGCGCCCGCCGGGAAGGGGAGCCUGGAGCCGCAGAACGGGCCCAAAGCGGGUUCUCUCUCGGUGAAUGGGGCCCCUCGCGACAGCCUCGCCGCCGCCUCGGGAGCCGUGGGCGGGCCUCAGACUCCGCUGGCCCCGGAAGAGGAGACCCAGGCCCGGCUGCUGCCUGCGGGCGCGGGGGCGGAGACCCCGGGGGCCGAGGGCGCCCCGCUGCCCCGGACGGCGCUCUCCCCGCGGCGCUUCGUGGUGCUCCUGAUCUUCAGCCUGUACUCGCUGGUGAACGCCUUUCAGUGGAUCCAGUACAGCAUCAUCAGCAACGUCUUCGAGGGCUUCUACGGUGUCACCUUGCUGCACAUCGACUGGCUGUCCAUGGUGUACAUGCUGGCCUACGUGCCCCUCAUCUUCCCGGCUACCUGGCUGCUGGACACCAGAGGCCUUCGGCUCACCGCCCUGCUGGGCUCCGGCCUCAACUGCCUGGGCGCCUGGAUCAAGUGCGGCAGUGUGCAGCAGCAUCUCUUCUGGGUCACCAUGUUGGGCCAGUGCCUGUGCUCCGUGGCCCAGGUGUUCAUCCUGGGCUUGCCCUCCCGCAUCGCCUCAGUGUGGUUUGGGCCCAAAGAAGUGUCCACAGCUUGUGCCACCGCUGUGCUGGGCAAUCAGCUUGGAACUGCAGUUGGCUUUUUGCUACCACCAGUUUUAGUACCCAACACACAGAAUGACACAAAUCUCCUGGCUUGUAAUAUCAGCACCAUGUUUUAUGGGACAUCAGCUGUUGCCACACUUUUAUUUAUUUUAACAGCAAUUGCCUUCAAAGAAAAACCGCAGUAUCCACCAAGUCAGGCUCAAGCAGCUCUUCAAGACAGUCCCCCUGAAGAGUACUCCUAUAAGAAUUCAAUAAGAAACCUGUUUAAAAACAUUCCUUUUGUCCUUCUGUUGAUCACUUAUGGUAUCAUGACUGGUGCCUUUUAUUCAGUCUCAACAUUGUUAAAUCAAAUUAUAUUGACAUAUUAUAAGGGAGAGGAAGUCAAUGCUGGAAGAAUUGGGCUAACGCUGGUAGUAGCCGGAAUGGUGGGCUCUAUUCUUUGUGGCUUAUGGCUGGAUUAUACCAAAACAUACAAGCAGACUACUCUGAUAGUUUAUAUUUUGUCUUUUAUUGGAAUGGUUAUAUUUACUUUCACAUUGGACCUUGGAUACAUUAUUAUUGUGUUUGUUACUGGAGGGGUCCUUGGCUUCUUCAUGACUGGUUACCUCCCUUUGGGUUUUGAAUUUGCUGUUGAAAUCACUUACCCUGAAUCCGAAGGUACUUCAUCUGGUCUUCUUAAUGCUUCUGCACAGAUAUUUGGAAUUUUGUUCACAUUGGCUCAAGGAAAGCUCACAUCAGACUAUGACCCUAUGGCAGGGAACAUUUUUCUCUGUGUCUGGAUGUUUAUAGGCAUCAUUUUAACAGCAUUAAUCAAGUCUGAUCUGCGAAGACACAACAUAAAUAUAGGAAUUACAAAUGACGAUAUUAAAGCUGUACCAGCUGACAGUCCGACAGACCAAGAACCAAAAACAGUUAUGUUACCCAAGCAGUCAGAAUCCGCAAUUUGAAGUUAAAGAAAAAGUUACUAUCCUGUAGUAACUGGGGACAAUGUGAUAUGCUUGGAGAGAUAUAUGAGCACCAAGGCUGGGUUUGCAUGUGGUGGGGGAAUAGACACUUACUUGAAAAUUAC